AUGCCCCCUGCUAUGGAGAACGUUAAGGCGAUAACCACACGAGGAGGUAAAACUACUCAAGAUCCACCUUAUCCUAACCAUGUCAACAGGAAGAAGGCAAGCCCGGUGACAGAAGAACCACCUCGAGAGGAGGAACCCGAGAAGGUUCAUGAAGGGAAGACGACUCCGCAUGAAUUUUAUGAUACCCAUGUUCCGACCUAUGCUCGCUACAUCAAGGACAUAAUCAACAAGCGACCGCUGCCGACUACUGAAGUAAUCAAGCUCACUGAGGCAUGCAAUGCAGCUGUACUUCAACAAUUGCUCGAGAAGAAGAAGGAUCCAGGAUUUCCAACUAUCAGAUGUUCGAUAGGGGCACAGAACUUCGACAAAGCCUUAUGUGAUUUGGGAGCCAGUGUUAGUGUGAUGCCGAAGGCGGUCUUCGACCAACUUAACUACAUAGAAUUGACACCAACACCCAUGCAGUUGCAAUUGGCUGACUCCUUAGUACGACACCCAGAAGGAAUCCCUGAGGAUGUCCUAGUGAGAGUACGGGGCUGUUUCAUCCCAGUCGACUUUGUGGUACUUGAUAUGGAUAAUCAGAAGAAGACUACUCUCAAUCUAGGAUGGCCAUUCCUCAAUACAGCAUAUGCACAUAUUGAUGUCAGGGCCAGAGAAAUCCGACUCCAUAUUAAUGGUAAAGAGGAGAAAUUUGACUUCUGA